AUACCCAUUUCGUUGGUUGAAUUGUUUCUUAUUUAUAUACAUGUUUAAGUGUAUUAUGGUCACAUACAGGGUCUAUAUUAGGCUUAAGGUCUGAAUUAAACCAUAACCUCACAAUUUCCGGAGAGUAUCUUCAUUCGUUUACUUUUGAGGUGACUUUAAUGGAAAUCGAAGAGAUAAUGAAUCUCUUCGAUUCAUGUUGGUUUGAGAUGGAAAUCUUAAAGAAACAGACAUCUCAAUCAACAUCUACGAGUUUUGAGCCAAAACCAGAUCGCAAAACUGAAGGGAACUCGUCAAAACCAGAGCUUAAACGCACCCAAAGUACUCUCCAUUCAAGAUCCAUGAGUGAUCAAUUGAGCUUAAAUAGAACAAGCUUCGUAAGUUCUUAUGAUUCUUUCUCACCAGACUCAGUUCUCCACUCACCAAAUCUCCAUAAAACCAUCUCAGGCAAAGAAAUCGCAGAAGAAGAAUUGAAAGAAACUUGUAGUAAUAUGAGAUUUACGAGAAGAAAGAAAGGUAGGAGGAGUAAGAGCUUGUCAGAGUUGGAGUUUGAAGAGUUAAAAGGGUUUAUGGAUCUUGGCUUUGUUUUCUCAGAGGAAGAUAAUAAGGAUUCAAGGUUGGUUGAGAUAAUUCCAGGGUUGCAAAGAUUAAGAAGGAAAGAAAGUCAAGAAGAAGAUACCCAAGAAGCAGAUGACGAUGAUGAUGAUGAUGAUGAUGAUGAAGUUUCAAGGCCUUACCUUUCAGAAGCCUGGAAAGUUUCAGAAAGAAGAAAAACAAACCCAUUGAUGAAUUGGAGAGUUCCUGAUUUGGGUAAUGAGAUUGACAUGAAAGACAGCCUUAGAUGGUGGGCUCAUACUGUUGCCUCUACAGUCAGAUGAGAAGAAGAACUGAAUUCAUAGCUUCCAAUUUCCAAGUUUUGGGUUUUUUUUUUUUUUUUUCCGUGAGAAUUAAAUGAUUUUUGCCGUCAAUUUUCUUUGCGUGAGUUAAACUGUAAAAAGAAAACAAACAAAUAAAUAAAAUAUAUGUUUCCGGUAA